AUGCAACUUGAGGAGGACAUCUUACGAGAUUUUGGAGCCGCAGCUGGUGGCAGAGAGGCUACUGGUAGUGUUUCCAGCCAAAGACAGCGAGCUAGUAGGAUUGCUGAACACAUCAUUGAGCAGUCAGAGAUUCCAGCAGCAAGUUACUUCUUCCAAGGCUCUUCGUCAAGAAGCACCUUCCUGACAGUUUCCCACUCUCAUCCUUCUGACUUGGAUGUUGUGUUGUUGUGCGAUCGCCAGUGGUUGCGUGCCAAAGGGGCUGAAUCUUUUGCAGGCCUGACCCAAGUGCUGUAUGAAUACGUGGUUUCCCACAUCCACACCGAUGACCUGCAUUACAUGGGUCUUAUUCUGGAGAAAGGUGACAACAAGUUUACCUUUACAGAGGGACGAUGUGGUGGCUGGUGCCAGGAUGAAUGCAUGGAUUUCGUGCUGGCUUACAAUGCCACUGAUGCAGACGGCGCACUUGAACCUGGAGCCAUUCUGGUUUUUGACCGCGUGCUGAAUCGCUGGAGGAAGAACAAUCCAGAUCAGCUGGCAAUACUGACUCAAGAGGCGGAGACCAGACAGAUGUACUACAGCUUAGUGGUGCGCAUGCUGAAGGAGUGGAACGAAUAUUGUCCUCCUAUUCGCAAGCAUGGCACAGUCCCUGGAGCCGUGAAACAUGUGAAGAUGCUGCUUGUCGAGUUGCCCGAGGAAUUUGGAGGCGGCAUGGAGAGGAUUGUUCUGGAUGAAGCAAAUGAAUCGAAAGUGGCAGAAGAAAAACUGAAACAUCCCAUGACGGGCCUUCACAUUGAGAUGGCGCUGUGCUUGCAGCACGAGGGCUUGCGAGACACUUUCUGGGCCAAGCACAUGGCAUCCGGGUGCUCAGAUCCACGAACCGAAGAGCUGUUAGCCUACGAGCCGGAAACACCAUGUGCUAUCGAUUUGCUUGUGGGCGCCGUUGAGCACUUGAUGGUGACGCUGGGGGUGCCUAUUUGGACGCUAGGGGACGAAAUGCGGGCGAACGAAGCCAUGUUGAGCGAUGCAGAACUUCGGCAAAGGACGUGGGAACUGCUUCAGGGGCUACAUCUGGAACUGCAGAAGCUACAACGAGAACCAAAAACACCGGACGCCACUGGCUUCUUGAGAUCAAGGCUUUUGCGGAAUCAUUGUCAGUGGGAUGACUAUCACUGA